CAUCAUUCAAAUUUAUGACUGUCAUCUCGAACAGCUCUCUGGUCAGCUCUGGACCUCCUGCUGUCCAUCGGCUGAAAACAAGAACCAACAGAUUUGAAGCUUGGACCAGAGUCACAAUCGGGGAGAAAAGGUGGAACAAACCCAAUAAGACCAUCCUUUUAGUAGGUGAGGCAGGAAAAGAAAAACGUUCUCUGAUCAACGCUCUACUGAACUUUAGCAUGGGAGUGGGAUUUGGGGAUGAAGUCUGGUUUCAGAUUGUAGAGGAGGAGGAAGAGCAAAGUCAGUCAGAGAGUCAUUACUCAGAUUUGGUCGUCUAUCAGAUCUUUGGGUUUGAAGAUCAAACUCUGCCGUUCUCUCUGACCAUCAUCGAUACUCCUGGAUAUGGAGACGACAGAGGGAUCCUACAUGAUGAUGAAGUCAGUCAGACGUUACUAAGCUUGUUUCAGUCAGAGGAUGGAGUUCCUGACCUUCAUGCAGUGGGUCUGGUGAUGAAGGCGACUGAUCAUCUAGUCAGUGAUCGACUGCAGUACAUCUUUAAUUCAGUGGUUUCUCUGUUUGGACCAGAAAACACCGUCGCUCUGAUCACACACUCUGAUGGAAUGCCUCCACACGAGGUCCUUAAAGCUCUAGAGAAGGCAAACAUUGAAUGUUCGAAGGACAACAGCGGUGAGCCAAGUUACUUUACGUUCAAUAACCAACAGAAGAUACAAAGAAUUCCAAAAAAUCGCUUUGGGUUGCAAACAGCAUGGAAAAUAGCAGAGACUGGUAGUGUUUCAUUCGCAAGGUUUCUGAGAACAACCCAGUCUAAAAAACUGACCUCUACAUUUGAAGUGUUGGUAGAAAGGGCCAGAUUAGCAGCCUGUGUCCACAACCUGCAAGACAGAAUCAGGUUCACCGAAUUAAAACGAAGAGAUACUCGUCUUAUUCUGGAAGAGCUGAAGAAACACACAGAAGAAAGGAAAACUGAGCAGCUCACUGUUACAGUUCCUGAAGCCUUCAAAGACACCGAACCAAUCAGAGCAGGACCAUCUGCAGCCGUCUGCUGUGCUGUCUGUGAGGAGAACUGUCACUAUCCCGGAUGUAAAAUGGGCUUAAGUCCAAUACAGUGUGAAGUCAUGAAAGAUGGAAACUGUACUUCAUGCACCAACAAGUGUCCCGCAUCGUAUCAUGUCAAAGACAACCAGAAGUAUGUGAUCAGAACCAGAAAAGUCCAGCUCUCUGAAAUAACAGUAGCACAAAAGCAAGAGCAGAAUCAGGGAACGAUUCAAAACUUGAUGAAACUUUCUGAAAAUCUUUCUAAACAAAUGGACCAACUGUCAGUUGAGAAAUUCCAGUUGCUGGACCAAGCCUACCAACACGUGGUCAGGCUGCAUCAGAUCAGAUCAGUUCACUCUGGAUCCGCUCAUGUUCUACUGGACUUCCUAAUCAAGAAGAUGAAGGAGAAAGGAGACCAAGAAAAACUGAAGAAACUGGAGGAGAUGAACAACAGGAUGGAUGACCGAACCAGAGCGGCGCUGAUGGAAAAGAGGAGAUGCAUCACAUCAGACCACGAGGAGCUCAUCUCAGACAGUUUCCCCAUCCAUCCCGGACCUCCUGCUGUCUACCAGCUAAGAGCGAAGAACGAGAAGAUCGGAACGGUGACAAGAUUUAGUUUUGGUCAGAAAGAUGCAACAAAGCCAAAUAAAACAAUCUUACUUGUUGGUGAAACAGGAGCAGGAAAGUCGACCCUGAUCGAUGUUCUGCUGAACUACAGCAUGCAGGUGAAGUUUGAGGAUGAAGUCUGGUUUCAGAUCACAGAGCAGAAAGAGAGUCGCUCUGAAAGCCAAACCUCAGAUGUGAUCGUUUAUCAGAUCUAUGAAGGUGACGCUCUGCCGUUCUCCCUGACCGUCAUUGAUACUCCGGGGUUUGGAAAUAGCAGAGGUAUCGAACAUGAUGUCACCAUAAGAAAGAGGUUGUUGAACCUGUUUCAGUCAAAGGAUGAAAUCCAUGAGCUUCAUGCUGUUGGUCUGGUGGUGAAGGCAAGUGAGAACCGACUAAGUGACCGUCUGACAUACAUCUAUGACUCGGUGAUGUCUCUCUUUGGAAAAGACUUGGAGAAAAAGAUUGUAACUCUGAUCACACACUCGGAUGGAACAUCUCCUGAAAACGUCAUUCAGGUCCUGGAAGCUACAAACACCAAAUGUGCCAAAGAUGAGCAGAAGCAGCCGCUCCACUUCCUGCUGGAUUCUAAGCAAACCUCAGCGAGAGGCACAGCAGAAAGAGCAGCGGCUCUGAAAUAUUCCUGGGACUUAUCCUGCAAACACAUCGACCGUCUGAUCCAGUUCCUAACAAGAUCCAAACCUCAGCCUCUGGCAAUGACCAACGAGGUUCUGAAUGAGCGGAUCAAACUGACAGCCAGCAUCCAGAACCUGCAGGACAGAAUCCAGCUGAUGGAGCAGAAGCAGACAGAAAUCAGACAGACUAAGGAAGCCCUGAAGGGCCAUGAAGAAGAGAUGAGGAGGAACAUGGAGUUUACCAUAGAAGUAGAUGAGGUCUAUCAAGGUCAAUAUUAUUUGGAUGGUGGGAUGUGGGGGGUGUUUUUUUACAACGCAGCUGUCUCCUGUUUUGAGUGUGAGAGAACCUGUCACUUCCCGUGCACCAUGGCCUGGUCUCCUCACACCUGUGACGUCAUGAAAAACAGCCGCUGCACCGUUUGUGGUUGUAAUGUUUCAUUUCAUGUAAAACAAGAGUGGAGAUAUGAGCCCAGAACCAGGAAAGUGCAGAAAACCCUGGAAGAUGUGAAGAGGAGAUAUGAAACCAGCAAAGCAGAAUUUAUGAAGAAGUCGAGUCUUUUAGAAAGUCUUGAGAAGGAGAGCAGAAUGCUGUCAGCAGAGAAGUUCCAGCUGAUGGACGAAGCCUAUUUCCAUGUGGUCAGACUGGAGCAGAUCGCCCUCCAAGACGACUCCCUUUCAUCUCUGGUCCUCCUGGACUUCCUGACUGACCAGAUAAGGGAGAAGAGCGACGCACGGAAGGUCCAGAAACUGCAGGAGAUGAGCAGAAGAAUGAAGGGAAGCAGGAGAAGAUCUGGGCUGAAAUACAUGGCUGCUACUUUACCAGUUGGAGAAAAGAAUCCAAUCCAAUCCACUUUAUUUAUAUAG